UACGGCAAGCUGUGCAUGUUAUCAAUGUGGGCCUUGACUUGAUCAUUCGUUACAUUUAUUAUUACCUUUCAGCCCCUCCCAGUUGUGACCUCAACGGAUUAAAGUGUUCUUUCACCCCAGACGAGUUUGCAGACUUGAAUGGAACGCAUUACAAUGACAGCACAGAAAAGAAGACUCGUGAUGUUCUUGUCUCUGGAACCGUCUUGGCAUGCGUGUUAAUUACCAUGGCUGCCUUAAUCAUUAUCUGCUGGCGCCGUCGAUCCCGAAAUAAGAGACCCUUAUUGCCGAGAUCACCAUCAGAACUUGAAUUUGAGUACGAUGCGUUCGUUAUUUUCAGCUCUCAAGACUCGGAUUGGGUGAUUAAAACUCUAAUUCCAACUCUAGAAGAAAAACAUGAUUUUAAAUGCUGUGUACACUACAGAGAUUUCGUUAUUGGCGUACCCUUACGUGAAAAUAUGGUCAACAGUGUUUACAACUCAAGAAAAACAAUUGCUGUCGUGUCAAAGAACUUUUUCAAUAGUAAUUAUUGUGGUUCUGAAAUGGAUUACGCCCUCCAUCGACUUGUGGAAAGGAGAGAUAAUAGUGUGGUCGUGAUCAAACUUGAUGAUGUUGACAGUAGAAAACUUCCCAGGGAGCUGCGAAAAAGGAGCUAUAUUGACUAUCCACAGAAUGUUGAAAAGGAUCACUGGGAAAGAAAACUGGUAAGUUGUUUAACGACUUCCAACGACUUGUGACAGAAAUUGAUUUUAUAAUAACGUCUCCAAGAGUUAAGUAGCUAAUCAAUUUCUUUUCAAUCAUGAUUGAAUGGAAAUUAAUUAGGUGCUACAUGCAUUUUUCACUAUUACCAUCUUGAGAAGUUGAGUUCACAUUUAUUAAUUUUGUUAACAUGCCAACUUUCAAAAUCUCUAACACAUAUUUGUCUG